CAAAUCAAUACAUGCAUUAACAGGAAAGGUAGCUAUUGAUGGGAAAGUUGAACACAAGUUUGACAUGAAGCCUCACAAUCAGAACAUUGAAGACUAUCAUAGGUUGUGUCGUGAGAGAACAAACAAAUCGAACACCAAGACCAGACAAAUUCAGAUGAUAGACAGUGACCGUGGAGGAGGCUACAAUCCAAUGCAAGGGAUGAUGGAUUUUUCAUCGUUUAAUUCGAAGGAUAGAAAGGGUGCUGCUGCAACAAUUAAAACCCAAGAAAUGAAAAGAACUAGAAUGGACCGAAAUGAGCUGGAGAACAUUCUAUUCAAGCUAUUUGAGCGGCAAUCUAACUGGACGAUGAAACAACUUAUAACAGAAACAGAUCAGCCUCAGCAAUUUAUAAAGGAGAUACUAACGGAUCUUGGCAAUUACAACAAAAGGGGUGCAAAUCAAGGAACUUAUGAACUAAAACCUGAAUAUAAGAAAACUGCUGAAGAGAUGGAGAUGGAUUAGUUUUUCUGCACCUUUGAAAAGGGAUUUUACAUGCAUAAUUACGAAGUUUGCAUUGGUCCUCUAAAAUUCAAAAUUAAGCAUUUGAAAUGGCUACUUAAAAUUAGUUACCAUACAUUACAUGUAAAGGUAAAUGUUCCAUGGAACUAGGAAGCUUGAGGCAUGGGAAUGUUAAUGAUGUCCUUAAUAUUUCUCCACAAUCGCAGAGAGAAAUAACAUUUCUAAAUGUAAAUAUUUAAAAUACUAAUCUACACCAAGUGGGUAAUAAUUGAAUGUUUUCUCAUCAUACAUGUUAGAAAUUGUCAUGGGAUUAGAGUAAGCCGUUGUGAUGGUGAAGUUGUGAUAUGUAUCCUUAGGGAAUGGAGGUGAAGAGGGCAUAUUGUUCUUUAUUUUCUGCUAAGCAAUGUCAAAUUGAAAUUAUUGGUUUUUUUUUUGUCA